CACGGAGAGCGCCGGGGAGAGCCUUUCGGGGAGCCCCGGAACCCGCGGUCGCCACCGCGGCGGCGGCCCGGGGCUGGCGGCGUCCGGGAGCCUCUUUCCUCGCAGCCGCCCGGAUCCCGCUGCUCGCCCCGCCUCGACUCGCGAGCCCUAGUGCACACUCCAAAGAGGUUUUUUGGGUUUUUUUUUGGUUUUUUUUGCAAGGGUGGCUAUGAUGAGUGGGCCUUGGAGAUGUGAGACGGGGAGAUAAAAUGCACACGUGCUGCCCCCCAGUAACUUUGGAACAGGAUCUUCACAGAAAAAUGCAGAGCUGGAUGCUGCAGACUCUAGCGUUUGCUCUAACAUCUCUCGUCCUUUCGUGUGCAGAAACCAUCGAUUAUUAUGGGGAAAUUUGUGACAAUGCAUGUCCUUGUGAGGAAAAGGACGGCAUUUUAACUGUGAGCUGUGAAAAUCGGGGGAUCAUCAGCCUUUCAGAAAUUAGCCCUCCCCGUUUCCCAAUCUACCACCUCUUAUUGUCUGGAAACCUUUUGAGUCGUCUCUAUCCCAAUGAGUUUGUCAAUUACACUGGGGCUUCGAUUUUGCAUCUGGGGAGCAAUGUAAUCCAGGACAUUGAGACCGGGGCUUUCCACGGGCUGCGGGGUUUAAGGAGAUUGCAUCUGAACAAUAAUAAACUGGAACUUCUGCGUGAUGAUACCUUCCUUGGCUUGGAGAGCCUGGAGUACCUACAGGUCGAUUACAAUUACAUCAGUGUCAUUGAACCCAACGCUUUUGGGAAACUGCAUUUGUUGCAGGUGCUUAUCCUCAAUGACAAUCUCUUGUCCAGUUUACCCAACAACCUUUUCCGUUUUGUGCCGUUAACGCACUUGGACCUGCGGGGGAACCGGCUGAAACUUCUGCCCUACGUGGGGCUCUUGCAGCAUAUGGAUAAAGUCGUGGAGUUACAACUGGAGGAAAACCCCUGGAAUUGCUCCUGUGAGCUGAUCUCCCUGAAGGAUUGGUUAGACAGCAUCUCCUAUUCCGCCCUGGUGGGGGAUGUGGUUUGUGAGACCCCCUUCCGCUUACACGGCCGGGACUUGGACGAAGUGUCCAAGCAGGAACUCUGCCCAAGGAAACUUAUUUCGGACUAUGAGAUGAGGCCGCAGACGCCUCUGAGCACCACGGGGUACUUACAUACCACCCCGGCCUCGGUGAAUUCCGUGGCCACUUCUUCCUCUGCUGUUUACAAACCCCCCUUGAAGCCCCCUAAGGGGACUCGCCAACCCAAUAAGCCCAGGGUGCGCCCCACCUCUAGGCAGCCCUCCAAGGACCUGGGCUAUGGCAACUAUGGCCCCAGCAUCGCCUACCAGACCAAAUCUCCGGUGCCUUUGGAGUGUCCCACAGCGUGCACUUGCAACCUGCAAAUCUCCGAUCUGGGCCUCAACGUCAACUGCCAGGAGCGCAAGAUCGAGAGCAUCGCAGAGCUGCAGCCCAAGCCCUACAACCCCAAGAAAAUGUAUCUGACGGAGAACUACAUCGCCCUGGUGCGCAGGAGUGACUUCCUGGAGGCCACGGGGCUGGACCUCCUCCACCUGGGCAACAACCGCAUCUCCACGAUCCAGGACCGCGCCUUCGGGGACCUCACCAACCUGAGGCGCCUCUACCUAAAUGGCAACAGGAUCGAGCGGCUGAGCCCGGAGCUAUUCUACGGCCUGCAGAGUCUGCAGUAUCUCUUCCUCCAGUACAACCUCAUCCGCGAGAUUCAACCUGGGACUUUCGACCCGGUCCCAAACCUCCAGCUGCUAUUCCUGAACAACAACCUCCUGCAGACCUUGCCCUCAGGCGUCUUCUCAGGCCUGACUCUCCUGAGGCUCAACCUCAGGAGUAACCACUUCACCUCCUUGCCGGUGAGCGGAGUCCUGGACCAGCUGACGUCACUCAUCCAAAUCGACCUGCACGACAACCCUUGGGAUUGUACCUGCGACGUGGUGGGCAUGAAGCUGUGGGUGGAGCAGCUCAAAGCGGGCGUCCUGGUGGACGAGGUCAUCUGCAAGGCGCCCAAGAAGUUCGCCGAGACGGAUAUGCGCUCCAUUAAGUCGGAGCUGCUGUGCCCUGACUACUCGGACGUGGUGGUGUCCACGCCCGUGCCCUCGUCCAUCCAGGUCCCCGCGAGGACCAGCGCGGUGACCCCUGCCGUGCGUCUGAACGGCACCGGGGCGCCCGCGGGCUUGGGCGCGGGCGGAGGCGCCGCGUCGUCGGUGCCCUUGUCGGUGCUGAUCCUCAGCCUGCUGCUGGUUUUCAUCAUGUCGGUCUUCGUGGCUGCGGGGCUCUUCGUGCUCGUCGUGAAGCGCCGGAAGAAGCACCAGAGCGACCACGCCAGCACACACAACUCCGACGUGAGCUCCUUCAACAUGCAGUACAGCGUGUACGGCGGCGGCGGCGGAGGCGGCGGCGGCAGCGGCGGCGCGGGGGUCCAUCCGCACGCGCACGCGCAGCACCGCGCCCCGGCGCUGCCCAAGGUGAAGACGCCCGCGGGCCACGUGUACGAGUACAUCCCCCACCCCUUGGGCCACAUGUGCAAAAACCCCAUCUACCGCUCGCGGGAGGGCAACUCCGUGGAGGAUUACAAAGACCUGCACGAGCUCAAGGUCACCUACAGCAGCAGCAACCACCACCUGCAGCAGCCGCCGCCGCCGCCGCAGCCGCAGCCCCCGCCCCCAGUGCAGCUGCAGCCGGCGGGGGAGGACGAGAGGCGGGAAAGUCACCACUUGCGGAGCCCCGCCUACAGCGUCAGCACCAUCGAGCCCCGGGAGGACCUGCUGUCGCCGGUGCAGGACGCCGAUCGCUUUUACAGGGGCAUUUUAGAACCAGACAAACACUGCGCCACCACCCCCGCCGGCAACAGCCUCCCGGAAUACCCGAAAUUCCCGUGCAGCCCGGCUGCUUACACCUUCUCCCCCAACUAUGACCUGAGACGCCCCCAUCAGUAUUUGCACCCGGGGGCGGGGGACAGCAGGCUGAGGGAACCGGUGCUCUACAGCCCCCCCAGUGCUGUCUUUGUAGAACCCAACCGGAACGAGUAUCUGGAGCUAAAAGCUAAACUAAACGUUGAGCCGGACUACCUCGAAGUGCUGGAAAAACAGACCACCUUUAGCCAGUUCUAAAAAGCAAAGAAACUCCCUUGGAGCUCUUGCAUUUCAAACAAACAAGCGAGCAGACACUCACCGUGAACCCCAUUUGAUUCAUUGUGUUGUUUCAGCGUUUAGGGUGAAGUGCCUUGGCACGAGAUUCUCAGCUUCGGCGGAAGAUACUGAAAGGGUGUGCAAUUUCCUUUUAAUAUCACACGCAGGGAAACGUUUGUGUACACUGGGCACAUCACUUUCUCUUCUUGCGUGUGGGGGAGGCGAGGAGAAGGGCUUUAUGGAGGGCAGUUUGCUUUGCGGGUGACUUGUUAAAGGUCAUAGUCAUUUUUGUAGUGGUUGGAAGUGUUGAGAAUGCUGGAAGGUGACAGCGCAUAGAUUCUCCUCUUCCUCUUUUACUCUUUUCCCCUUCCCCUUCUCCCACUUUGAGCCAUGGGUGGGUCUAGAUGGCUUUUGUGGAGAGAUUAGCACACCCCCAACUGUAAUAGAAAGGUUUUUUUUUUUUUUUCUUUUUUUCUCUCUUUUUCCCGUCCCCAUUCUCUCUUUCUUCUCUGCUUCCUCUCUUUCUCUGCCUCCCUGCCUCCCUCCUCUCUCAUUCCUUUCCUUUCUUUUUAAAGGAUGUGUUUGUAUGCAUUCUGGACAUUUGAAUUAAAAGAACAAAAGUAUUGUGAUCUUGAAAAGAUCACCAUAGAUGUGGACAAAUCAUUAAAAUUACAGAGCUAUAUGAUCCAUAAUUGAUUAGUCAAAAUAACUUAUUGAUGAAAUAUACGAAUAUUUUAUUGUAGCACCUAUUUUUAUAUGCACAUUUAGCAUUUCUCUUUCCUUCACUAUUUAGCCUAUGAUUUUCACAGAGGUGUCGCACUAUAAAAGGAGCUGUAUUUCCAAAACUGAAGUGAUAUCAGGAAGGCAUUUAAAAUCUUAUUAAAAAUAUGGAGAACUUACAUCUUAAAAAUCAAUGCAACCCACCCAAUUGGAUCUGUAAUUAAAAAAAAAAAAAAAAACCACUGUAUCCCAAUGUAUAAAAGAAAAAUAUUUGGGGCAAUUAAUUGGGCCAUUCCAGUGAGAAUCAUGUGCAAGUUUCUGGUUUUAUUAGAGAAGAUUUAAAAGUAUUUUUAUUAGUCAACCAAAAUGAUGUAUUGAUUUGACUACUAUUGUAGCCAAUUUUUGAUUGUUUAACCAAACCCAGUUGCAUUUGUACAGAUCCACGUGUACUGGCACCUCAGAAGACCAAAUGAUGGACUGUACAAAUCUCUAUACGAUGUCUUUAUCCCUCUGGGCAGCAAGCAAUGAUGAUAACCACAAACAGGAUCUCUGUAAGAUGGGGCUACUGUUGUUACAGUCUCAUGUAUCCCAGCACAUGUAAUUUUUUAAAUAGUUUCUGAAUAAACACUUGAUAACUAUGUCAAAUAUUGAGGAACUGAAGUAAUGAUUACUUAAGUGCAAAGAAAUAACUGUGUGAUUUAAUGAAUCGCCAUUAUUAAGACAGUAGCUAACUUCUAUUCCUAAAAUGUCCCCCUAAUGAUCAAAUAUAUAUAUAAUUGUACCUUUAUUGGUUCAGGGAAGUAUGGUUAUCUAAAUGUGUCAUUUAAUGUGCUCAUUCAUGAAAUUUCAACUUUACUCCUUUUCCUUACUGAAGUAUCCAUCUAACAUGUGGAGCAUGGUAAGUAAUGUACUGCAUAUUGAUUUUGUAUUUUGUCAUACCAGUAUUAUUUAUUUGGUCUACAAUUUUGCAUAGUUUACCUUGUGUAAAGCUACCUGCAACAACUGUGAUGGGUACUUUGAUCUCUAGUUGAUCUAUAUCCUAAAUGUCAAAAUGUUGGUGAGUAUAAGCUGUUCAUGUCUGAGUAAGGUUUGCCAGUGAAUUAGAUUAUAUUCAAGGGUAGGAAAUAUUUGGAUUAAUCUGAACCUUAAAGAGCCACAUACUUCAUUGGUGUUUGGUACAGGUCUGCAUAAUCUCACCUGCAAUAUGUACAAUGUCAAGGGCUGUUCAUGAACUUUGUUUAAGGAACAUUUUCCAUGGCAUUCUGCCACAAAGAGGCAGCAUUCACCCAUGAGUAAAUUGACAGUAACUACUUGAAUUCACAUUGAACAGGUGGUAACAGUUUCCCUAAGGAGUUAAAAAAAAUAAAUAGUAAUACUACCUUGGCCAAGAGAAGUAAACUAUCCCAGUUCUGUGCAAGUUUUCCCUUCCAAAUUUUUUUUUUUCCAGAGGGGAAGUAAUAAACAAUGUCAUGCUAUUAUCAUGGAAAAAAUGUAUCUCUUACUCUCCAUCUACCUCCUCCAUGUUAGAUCCAGGAUUAGAAGAUAAAUAUAAAUAUUAGUAUUUGCCUUCACAAUUGGAGUUGCUUUUAAUUUUGUCUUCACAGUGGGAGUUAUUUUUCUUUAAAAUUGCUUUCACAAUAUUAUCAUAUGUAGAUAUGACAGUGUUGUACGAAUUAUAAAAUAUUAAGGCAAAGUGGAAUCCUCCAUGUAACUAAGUUUUAUUUCUUAAUUGAUGUAUAAAAACUAAGAGGCAACAAUUACAUGAAGUAAAAAAUGUAGGUCUGGACAAUAGAAGUAGCUUCCAGAAAGUUUGUUGAUGUAUUUUUCAAAGAUUUACAAAGAAUAUUAUUGUUUUCAAACCAGCACUAUUUCAUAUAAUCUUGUCGCUGUAGGUGGUUCAUUUCUACCUCUACUCUUCGUAAGGUAUCCAGCAUUUUUUUAAUCUCAAAAAAUAACAAUUAUAUAAUUUAUAGAAAGAAGUUAUUUCUAAUAUUUAAAUUAUACUCUUCCCAUCUGUAUGAAGAGGAUAAAAGGAAACUUAUCCUUGCCCUAAUAAACUUGAAAUUUUAACAUAUAGAAUCAUGAAACUGUAUAGAAUUUUAAAAUGAAUUAUUUUUCUCCUUCCAUAUGGUUUCCUGCUAAAACAUUGACAUAUACAACAGAACAUAAUUUGUGUGGUUUUGAAUAUCUGAAUUUUGGGUUUUCAGGUAUACUGAGUAAAUUAUUAAAUUGGGUAUAUCAGUGGUAUAUGAUUGGAUUAAGGAACCCAGGAAAUUCUUUCUAUAGAAUUUUGGAGAACAUAUGUAACGUUUCAGACAUCAAUUAAAAUUUGAAUGCAAACUAAGCUUACUCUUUGUGCUUGCUCAAUUUGAUAUGUUGCAUAAUCUCAUACAAAUAUAUCUCCUGAUAGAGAUUACAAAAUCUUACUUUUAUCUAUAUAUAUAUGAUUAUAGUGUAGAUACUUAAAUUAUCUCAGAGAAAUAUAUUUCAUGUAAAUGUAGAUAAUUUGUAUGCUAAUAUUCAAAAUGCUUUGCAGCUAAACUAAUGAUUGCAGUUAUGAAUCAAUUCAUAACAAUUUUAGCAUCAUACUGAAAACAUGUCUUUUGUUUAGGCAACAUUAUCACCUCUAUGUAUGUGGAGUGGAAAUUUUUGAAAAAUGUCCUGGAUAUCCAUCUCUGCCCCUCACCACUGUUCUCUUAACCUUGGUAGGAGAAUCAAACUAGUAUGUAAUGAAGAACCCACACAAAAUGUGAAAAAGGUCAGAAUUUAAGAAAAAGUUUAGAAUUUAAGAACUUAAUCUGUCAGUUUCUUGCCCUGUAUCAUUAAUCCUAUUCUCAUGACUCAGCGAAGUAUUCAAAUUACUUAUAUAUAUAUAUAUAAUAUUUAUUUCUGGGCUCUCUUACAUUUUUUUUUCCUUAUAUCUCACCCUUCCCUCCCUCCUUCUCUCUCCUUAUCCUUUCUCCUUAUCCUUUUCUCAUUUUUCAGUAGGGCAAGGAAAACAGUGAGAAUAGUUCAGUCCUUGUUUGAAAUGACAAAAACUGGCUACUUAAUUUCAAGAACUUAAUAGGUUGUUUCCAAAGUCACAUAAUUCCAAAUUAAUGUAAGUAAAGCAGAACACAAAUAUGCUUCCAAUUCAUUUGGAAAAAUACUUCUGUUGCACUUUCAGAUGGCCCCAAAUUAAGGUACUUGCAAAAGUGGCAAAACAUUUCUUAUAACUCAUUUUAAGAAUAAAUUUUACACUGAGAAAGAAGAACUAAAAACAACAAAAUCAGCAAUUUAAACUCUGGAAUGUAGGAGCAUUUAAUGUAUUGAUUUUCAAAGGAAAUAAAAUAUGAAAGUAAUAAUUUAACUGAUAUUAAAUCAGCUGUUUAAUUUAUGCCUAAUGCUCUUCAUACCCACUGAAGUUCACUACUAUUUUACAAAUACAAAUAUAUGAGAAUGAAAUUAAAAUAGUUUGAUGAACAUUAGUCAUGUUCCUAAAAGUAAUCAUUUAACAUCUAAAUCCAAAGAACUUUAUGUCAGUUAAUAUUACAUUUGACAUCUGAUCAUUUUAUUAGAUUUUAAUUCAAUUUAAUGCCUAUCUGUAUCUGUAUUUCUGUUAGUAUAUGUAGCAUGUCUAUAGCAGACAAAAAAUGUAUUAUCAAAGAGAGCAUUCCAUACCCAAUUUUCAUGUCAAUAUUUUAAUUAUUUCAAAUUAUACUUUUGUGUUUUACACUUUAGGCAUGUUUGAUGGAGAAAAAAAUGUAUGCAAUAUAAUUUGAGUGUGAUAAUAAUACUCUUUUCUUCCUCUGUGGCAGGGGUCAAACAUUUCUAGCAUUAUGCCAGUAUCACAAAAUGAAUAUCUUUUUUUUUUUUUAAGAGCAACAUUUAAACUUAAGGUUGAGUGAUUUAGAUUAUUUCUUAUAAAAAGAACUUUUGAAGAUCAAAACAUAAAUAUUUCAAAGAGAACUGAUGUAAUGCAAAUAUUAAAUAAUUUGACUUUUUCACUUUCUAUCUACUGUCAAAAUAAAAAUAUAAUGAUAUAUUGCAUAACACUAAGCAUAUCAGGUUCAUUUUUAUUAGAUACUAAGAAAGCCAUUUAUAGAAGAAAAGUAAAAUCCAUAAAGAUAUGUUGAAUGGAAGUCUUCCAAUGAGUUUUUUUCUUUUUUUAAAUUAGAUAUCUUAUCAGUGAGCGUGAAGGAAAUUGUAUAUUUCUGCCAUAAAAUAAACAUGUUCAUUCUUCAAAAUUACAUGUUUUUAAAAGUGGAAAAUAUGAAACAAUGUGUUCAUGAGUGAAUUUUUUUAGGUUAACAUAUCCAAGAAUGGAAUUAUGGCUUUUUUCAAAUGGAAAGCUCACAGCAUCGAGGUCGAAUUUCAACAAACUUAUUUGAAGAUCUUUACAUUUUAAGACAUAUUUCGAAUAUAUCAUGGUGUAAAUUCAAUUCAAAUUUUUUAUAUUUCAGUACUGAAUCAUAUACAUGCUAGUGGUAGAUUUUGGUUACAUUUUAGUAUUCUGGAAUAUGCAUAUUUUAGAUUUUCUUACAAAUUGAUUUCUACCACCAGUAAUAAUUUCUAAUGUUUCCAGCUAACACAUUUUUAAGAAUCUGAUUGUAUAGUUCAUUAAAAACAGAAUUUAAUAUUGAAUAUUGAAAGUAAAUUUUUUUAAAAAAUUUCAAAAUUUUUUUUACCAUAUUUUCAAUUUGUAAUUAAAUACGUCCAUUUAAAUAAAACAUGAAGGGUGGCAGUAACCCCACCUUAAUUUUUUUUUUCAGUCCUGAAUGCUUUCACCUUUAUUUUUCUUGAUCCCAUGUUAAUUGAUUAAAAAAAUUCUUUGUCAGUUACUAUUAUAGAGACUUUACCAGCGUGUUUUAUCCACGAAAGGUUUAUCAAGCUGUUGUAGACUAAAAUUUCAAAUAGCAAGUGUAAAAAUUGAUAUGUAAAAAAGGAAUACCUGGCCAAUAAAUAUAUUUGCCUGUAAUGAUAUAUCUAUUUAAAUUAUCCAUAUAAAAUCUUGUCUUUUACCAUUAUAAUAUUUUUGCUAUGUUUAAGUCCAAAGUCAAAAAGAAUAUUUCACUUCUGAAAAUCCUAAUAAUGGGAAAGUUACAGCUAUCAAAUUUAUCUAAAUCCUGAGUUUUAAUACUGACUUUAAAUCUCCAAUCCCCAAAAUAAAGUUUAUAGUGCAUGUUUUUCUUUGUUACUGAACUCGGCCUUCUCUAAAGUUCCCUAAAGAUAUGUAAAUGCAUAUAAUGUAUGCCUUUUAUGUUUUGCUUUUUGAUUAACAUUUGAAAGUGAAAAUGAAAGUAGAAGAGUGUGUUGCACAAUGGUAUCAGACUGUUUGCAACCCCAUAGACUAUAGCCAGCCAGGCACCUCUGUCCAUGGAAUUCUCCAACAAGAAUACUGGAGUGGGUUGCCAUUCUCUUCUCCAGGGGAUCUUCCCAACCAAGGGAUUGAACCCAGGUCUACAGCAUAGGAGGUAGACUCUACCGUCUGAGCCACACAUUUACGAACUAACACUUGUUAAAUUAUAAAUUAAAUUUGGUUUCAUUCAAACUGUAUCCCAAAUUUUAUAAUUAUCCCCCAAUUUUUAUAGCUAGUGAAUAGUAUAUUUAUAUAAGUGGCUCCAAAUGUGAACAUUUUGAUUCAGAAAUUACUCAUGUAUGUCAGAGAAUAUUUAAAAUCAUUCACCAUACUGCCAUUUAAACUUAUUUAAUCAGAACAAUGAUAUUUUUUUACCCAGUUAAGAUUUAAAAGCCCUAAGUCUUAGGUGAAAAUUUAGUAUCUCAUUAGAAAUGUUAACAGAAAAAAAAAAUGUAAAAGAUAAAUACUGAGUAUUGGGAUAUCUUCUCCUAAGCUAACAAAAUUGUACCUACAAUAAACCAUUAUUGUGUGUUUAUGUAAAAGUAUGUAUUUUAUUAAAUUUCUUGUUUCACAUGCUUUGAAAAAUUUUGACUUUCUACAAUGAAGCCUGUCUUUAUUUAAGAGUUUAUUUCAUUGAAAAUUGUUUUCUUUUGUUUUGCAUAGAAUGUGAUCUUAUUGUCCCAUAUGGCUUUGACCUACACCUUUAUUUAAAAACUCUGUGCCCAUUUUCAAAGGUACUGAAAACAGUCUCUAUUUUUAUGUUUCAUUCUUGCAACUCAAAUCAUUUCAUUCUUCCCCAAAAGAAAAAUUGCAAAGAAGUUGAUAUAUUUCUAUUUGCUAACUUAACAUGAAUUUUGAAGUCAAAUUAAUGAUUAUUGCAAAUCAUUCCAAAUAAGCAAUCUAAGUGCUGUGUAAACAUAACAAUGUGAGUGUGAAGUUGUGGAUUUAAAUUGUCAUUAUGGAACUGCUGCUCAUUAAUAAUCUUAAAUAUACAGCAUCUAUAUAUAAAAAUGAAAA